AUCAUAGCCUGCUUCUAGAUAGAAGACAUUUUUUUCAGCCCUACCGUAAAUAGGGGGGUUACUCGAUAGCUCGACUUCACAUAAAGCUACCCCUGAGGCCUUCUUUAUAGAACAACUAUUAUCCUCGUUAUUCUGUAACCAGUAAUAAAUCCCAAUAGACGUAUCUAUCUCAAGCCACCGAGAUGCUAGUAUCCAGAGCUACCCUCAUAGCAGAGUUUAUCUCUAGCUGCUUUAUUCCGUUAGCUUUCGUGGCCGAUAUAUCAAAUGCGGCAUCUAUAGCACCGGUGCUUGAGAGUAUCUCUCCUAUCAGGGGCUUUUCUAAGAAGGCCAUCACCGUUGAUGUGAACGCCACGGAGCCUGCCAUUGAUGACUACAUCAUAUCACAAUCUCCCAUCAAGGGAAAAUCCGUCUACGCAACCUUCAGCGCAGCCAUCGCCGCUAUUCAGAAAGUGUCAAGCACGAAAACCGUAACUGUAUUCGUUUACCCCGGCACCUACAAAGAGCAAAUCGUCUUCAACCGCUCCGGCACCACCAUCUUCCGCGGAUACACCGAGGACACAUCCUCCAACAAGCACAACCAAGUCACCAUCCAAAACAGCCACGGCGUCGACACCCAAAGCGGCCAGAGCGACUCCGACUCCGCGACCUUGUAUUCCCAGGCCUCAGACAUCCAGCUCUACAACAUCAACCUAAACAACAUCUUCGGACAGACCCGUAACUACGCAUCCCUAGGCUUCAUCAUCGGCAACAACGGCCGCGCCGCCUUCUACGGAUGCCAAGUCACCGGGAACCAGGAUACAUUCGCCACCAACGCCGGGACCAGCGUAUUCGCGUACAACACGCUGGUCGAGGGAUCUAUUGACUUUAUCUGGGGCGUUGGAUCGGCUUAUUUCCUUAAUUCUACGAUUGUACCCAAUACCAAGGGCGGGUACAUCGCGGCGAUGAAGCGAGCGUCAGCCAGCACUCCCGGCGGCCUCGUGUUCGACCAGUCUACCAUUGCUGCGACGGCGAACGCGGCUGCUGGAUCUGUGUUCCUGGGCCGUCCGUAUAACCAGUACUCCCGGGUCGCGUAUAUUAAGACGUACCUAGACAGCUCGAUUGCGCCGGCGGGGUGGUCCGUCUGGUCGACGACAGACCCGCGGACCGAUGGGGCUCUGCUUGGCGAGUAUCAGAACUAUGGCCCUGGGGCUGAUACUAAAUCCCGCGCUUCCUUCUCGCAGCAGCUCUCUAGUGCGGAUGUCGCGCAGUUCCAACUUUCUACUUUUUUCUCUUCUCAGGGGACAUCAUGGAUUGAUAUGACACGAGUUAAAACUACCCCGUUUAGCCUCUAGUUCAUAGUAUCAUAUAGGGAUUUUGAUGCUUUGACUUUAUUAUUCUGUUUAGUAGUGUAGUUAUUACUGACGUUAGGUUCACAAGCUACCCCUUUUCAGCGUUCUCGACGAUGACAAAGAGAAGCAAUCAAAGUACACGACUUCAUUGAGCAUGGAAGACUUUCUAAUAGAAAUGAUAUUAUAUGAUCAACUGAGUCAUCAUAGUUCCAGUUAGUCUAAUAAAGAGUUACAAUUGCGGCUGAACAGCCUCGAGU